GCGAGACGCUAUCGAGAAAGAAAUGUUUGUUAUGUUUAGUUGUCUCCCAUAGAUUUCAAAUCACGGAAGUAAAUUAACGCUGUAACGGUCUUCAAAAAAUAUUCAAGUGUAAAACAUGCCGACGCCAGAGAAAGUCCCAUGUGUUUCGAACGGCAGAUGCCCAAAGACAGCAUGGGGCACAGACGAUGGGGAAGGGAGUUGCGAAGCUCUGGGUGCUGGUGAAAGGUCAAACUCCUCUUCCGGUAGCCCUGGCAACGUUAAAGGUGGGUCAGCAGGUCGCUCCUUUGCCCGGCUAACGUUAUCGGCCACGGAUGAGCUGAUGCACCACGUGGCCGCGAUACAGAGGCUUGGAGAUGCCCCCAGAGACGAGCUUCAAGCGGUGAAGGAAACGGAACGUGCAUACAGAAGUCUUAUUAAAACUCUAAAAAGUGGAAAUUUAAAUCUUCACAAAGAAGUCGAAGCAUUAAAAGUGAAUGGAUCGCCAAGUGAUGUCGACCAUGAGAAAGGAAGAGCGCAAGCAUUUGAGGCCAAAUAUAGAGAGCUGGCUAAAAGGGCUAAAUCUGAGAUAUAUAAACUUGAACAAGUAAAAUUGAAAUACGAGAAUGAUGUUAAGAUGUCUCAGGACAUAAUUUCUGAUAGGGAAAAUGAGAUUUGCGUUGUACGAAAGGAGCUGGAGCAUGCCGAAUCGUUGACAAAACAUUUGAAUUUAAAAUUAAAAGAAACAGAAUCAGCACUUGAAAGUGCACUUCAGGACAAAGAAAUCCUACAGAAGGCUUUGCGCUCAUCGAGGGUAACGCUAAAUGGAAGUGGAGGAUCACCUAGAGAAGUAGAUCGUCUUCAGAGGGAAGUUUCAAAAGCAAAUGAAAGAGAAAGAGAAUGCAUAAAACAACUUGAACGCGUAAGAACCGAAUUGAGAGACGUUAAACAUGAGUUGGAUGAUACGAAAACUAGACUAAGCAAGUUAAUGGGUCAGAAGUUGACGGACGCCAACCCGAACAUCGCGGACCUGAGCGACAGAAACAGGCCCACCAAGCUGUCGGAGCGCUACUCGGAGCUGUACGACAACCAAUGGACGGACGCCUUCGAAACGCUCGAUAAAGUAUAUGCAGACGAGAAGGAAACUAUUGGCAGACUGAUCAGUAUCCUCUUGGAAACGUCGGCAUUCUGUAUGAAACAAUCGCAGAGACAGAUGGCAAGGAUCAAGUCGGCUGUCAUUGCAUCUGACGACAAAGAUUUAGCAUUACCAAUCCCUGUAAGCAAACAACUCAAAGAUUGCCGUAAAGCUGCCGCUGAAACUUCUGCCCAGAACAUGAUACAGAAAUACAAUCGUCAAUUACGUCAGUCAACAUCCAAAACAGCAAGAGAUGCUGUCCGUGUAAAAGAAUUUCUUGAAGAAUGUUUUUACGUUUGCUGGUUGAUGAGCAUACAAGACCCACCGGUGGUUCUUGAUGAGGAUUUUCAGUCUGGAGGCAGGUUUGAUUCAGAGGUAUACAAGGCCUACACAAAGAGUGGUCCCACAAACGACUUUCUUGUGUGGCCCGCUAUGUUCCUUCAUAAAGGUGGCCCUGUGCUGUGCAAAGGCGUUGCUCAGGCUCAGGAAAAAAUACAACCAUCUCGUGAACAUAAACUUGAAUUAUCGCGAAGAAAGACAGAGAAGCCAUCCUCUCACCAUCUUCCACCUUCAGCGGCGGUGCGUCCAAGCUCUGUCAGAUCUUCAUUGAAGCGUCCUGAGUCUGACAAGUUGAAGCGAUUCCUUCCUAAAUCGGAAAAUGCGUCGGUGUAUAACCCGAUAGUGAGGAAUGGACCGAAUGAUAUACAUUCGGAAGAUGAUUCCGGUAUAAAUACGAAACUGACAGUGCGACAUUCAUCAGCCAGAAAAAUACAAGUUGCGCAGAGACUUGAUCGCAAUGGACAUCAGCAUUAUUUAAACAGCCAAGAAGGUGAGAUAACAACGGUUGACGUUGACCAAUACUGUUCACUUUUGGCCCUACAUAAUAAUAGUUACAAAACAGUUGAGAAAAUCAUGGGUAAAGAAAAGUUCAUAAGAUGUCACGAAUAUAUAAGAAAUAAGUAUGGCUAACAUGUACAUGCGGGGUGCGGAUGAAUGGCAUUUAUAGAUUGCUCAUUAUGUCUUACCAGUGUUUAAGUAGUACUUGAUUAUAUUUUGUAAAUGUUGAUGUAUGUCUGUGUUCAGAUCAGAAACGUUACGUAAACAUUCGGGCAGUUCAUUGCUGAUCGUACCAAGGCUGUAGCCACCGUACCCGUUUCCAAAAUUAAGGAACGUACAAUUAGUUUAUAGAGAGGAGCAUUUAUGUAACUUGCCAGUAGUGUUACUGGGCUGGGCAUCUUGUUCGUUCUUGCUUUAUUAGUAUUUGUGUUUAAUUUACUUAUUACUGUGUUAUUGUACAUUCUAUUUGUAUUUGUCUUUUUCUUUUUAAUAAACUAGAAUUAUUUUACUAACACUUGUGCAUUAUACGACUUUAUAACCAGAAUAUAUAAAUAAAGGUUAAUAUUUA